AUGUCAUUGCCGUGCCAAGAUCUAAUAGGUGCAGACUUCCUCCUGGCAUUAUGCCCACCGAACAUUGACCCUUCGUCUCUCUCCGUCAUGGUUGCUUUCGCCGUUGGAGGCCUCCUAGGUGAUACUUUGUUUCAUCUUCUCCCUGAGAUCUUCCUAGGCGAGGACUCCCCGGAGCAUGUGCGCUUCGUCAUGGUCGAACCCAACAGGAAUCUCCUCCUCGGACUCGGGAUCAUGGUCGGCUUCUUCACCUUCGUGGCCAUGGACAAGGCUCUCCGCAUUGCAACAGGAGGCGAAGGGCAUGCCCACUCACACUCGCACACAGACACCGACAGCUCUUCCCACGGCACAACCACCAGCUCCACCACCAGCACCGCCAACACCGAGCUACGGAAGCGCAAAUCCACUCCCGCCACCAAGAAAGAACCAGAAGACGAGAAAGACAUCAACCCCAGCGUCAAACUAGGCGGCUACCUCAACCUCAUCGCCGACUUCACCCACAACAUCACCGACGGCCUGGCAAUGUCCUCCUCCUUCUACGCCUCCCCCACCAUCGGCGCAACCACAACCCUUGCCGUCUUCUUCCACGAAAUCCCCCACGAAGUCGGUGACUUUGCGCUCCUCAUCCAGUCCGGCUUCUCAAAGCGUAAGGCCAUGGGUGCGCAGUUCGUCACCGCCAUCGGUGCGUUCCUCGGGACAUUCAUCGGCAUCGCGAUCCAGGAGUUGGGAGGCGGGCACAGCACAGCGGCUGGUGGUGUGACGGGCUCAUCGGCCGGGCUGCUGGGCACGAGUCUCACCUGGGGCGAUAUGCUCUUGCCUUUUACUGCAGGGACGUUCCUCUACGUCGGGACUGUGUCGGUCAUCCCGGAACUGCUCGAGACGGGCAAGGAUAAGGCAGUUGAGAUCAAGAAGACGAUUGUGCAGUUCCUGGCUGUUGCGGUCGGGGCGGGAAUCAUGCUUGCGUGA